AUGGUAUCUAAUCGAAAAUACUCCACCUCUUUGUUGUGCCUAUCUAUACUGAACUUCCCGCAAAAUCUCCUGCCUCGUAGCUCUCUCUUCCUCCCCCCUGCUUCCUUAGUCAUGGAGAUUUCAGCUGCAUUGUUGGGCGUUGGCCCAGGUCUACAGGCCUUCAACGCCUUCGUCUUUCCAUUACAUUCCGUCGGCAUCCACAGCCGCUUGGAUUUGCAGAAGACUUCUCUCCACAUCAUCGCCGCGGGAACCGCUUCACCCGUCGAAGAAUCCGGGCGGCCGCCGCCGCCGUUGAGCAUUCGUAAGGUCAAGCUCUCCAAUUCUCGGAGGCGCGAGUCGAGUUCCUACUCGGCCAGACAAUCCGCCGUCGUUGAGGUUGAAAAAUCCGUCGACUUGGAAUCUGCUCUCCAAAGAUUAAGAGGGGUUUUGAAGGUGCAAGACUUGAAUGCCAUUUUACGGAGUCUGGGAAACCAAAACAGAUGGAGAGACCUUUCUCUGCUGUUCGAUUGGAUGGAAAAGCAGGGGAAGGUUUCUGUUGCGUCCUAUAGCAAUUGCAUCAAGUUCAUGGGAAAAAGUCUUAACCUCACGAAGGCAUUGGAAAUCUAUAGAGGGAUACCAGAUGAAUCAACAAAGAGUAAUGUCAUCGUGUGCAAUUCUGGUCUUAGUUGCCUAGUUAGGAGUGGCAAGUUCGACAGCAGCAUCAAGUUGUUCCAUGAGAUGAAGCACAGUGGUUUAACACCUGAUGCCAUCACAUAUACCGCAUUACUAGCAGGUUGUAUCAAAGUGAAAGAUAGCUACGAUACAGCAUUGGAUCUGGUUCAGGAACUGAAUUUUAGAGGGUUGAAGAUGGACAGUGUAAAUGUGCAGGUAAUAUUAACAACAUUACUAAAGGUGUACAUGAGAGGAGGCUUGUUUAAGAAGUCCAGGGAGCUAUUGUCUCAAUUGGGAUCCUUGGGUUAUGCAAAAGAUGAGGGACUAUUUGAAACGGCUAUAUCGCGAUAUAUUGCAGAACCUGAAAAGAAAGACCUACUUAUCCACUUACUGAAAUGGAUGCCCGGACAAGGCUAUGCUGUAAACUCGUUCACAAGAAAUGUCAUUCUUAAGAAUUCUCAUCUGUUUGGUCGCCAUCUUAUUGGUGAGAUCUUGUCCAAGCAACGGCAGUUGUCAAAAUCUGUGAAGUCUUAGCUGAUGGAUAAGUGAGUUGACACUAAAGGAAAACUGCUAUGGUGCGCGAUAAACAAAGUUGGAUCAACAUUUGCAAGGGAUUUCCAAACUGCGCUGUUACACUUGAACCCACUCCCGAAAGAAAUCUGCCAAAUCCUGUCUCCCUUCUUCACCUUGCCCUUUGCUUCUAGAUAAGAAAGUUCAUACCAGACCGAUGAAGACGAAGUGUUACCAAAUCUAUAAAGUGUCAUCCUUGAAGCUUCUCCAUCUUCAUUCUCCAGCUUCAGAUUCUUUUCCACCCCGUCGAUUAUGGCCCUUCCCCCAGCAUGGAUACAGAAAUGCUCGAAAGCACGUUUGAAUCUCGGCACCACCACAGCUGCUUCCCUCUUUGCUCUCCCUUUCCCACAGAGUUUCUGACAAGUCACUAACCAACCGUACUUGAGCUGUUCUGAGUAAGGCAGCACGAGGGGUCCCAACUCUGAUACGUUAAUCUUCAAAGCACGAGCUGCCACUUGUAACAGUGACUUGGACAGUGAAACCCCAACAACAUCUUCCUCAUCCGGUUUCUGAACGACUGAGCGGUAGGACUGUUCAUCUGCUCCCAUGUGAGUUCGGACGAGAUGCUGAAGCUCAUAAUUUGCUCUCCACUUGUCAUGUUUCUUGUUCGACAGCAGAAUGGCAGCUCCCCCCAUUCUGAAUAUCGUGUUGGCUACCAGCAUGGACUUUGUUCUGCCCCGAUAUCCGUUUGGGGUUACAGCUUCCAUGCUGAGAACCAGAGCAAGUGAAUUUUUGUGAACUUUGAAGAGUUCUUCAAUCAUGCUUAUCGAGAGAAGCCCGGCGCUGCAGCCCAUUCCGCUCAAGCUGAUGCUUUUAACAUUGCUUCUGAGUCCAAACCUGUUGAUUAUCAUUGAUGUGAUGGAUGGAGUGGGGCAGAAGAUGCUGCAGUUUGAUAUCAGGAUAUCGAUCCCUUUUGGAUUUAUCCUGUGCUUCGAGAGAAGAUCUUUCACCACCUGGAAGACGACUUGCUCUACUUCUUGUUGAGAUGGUUCGAAAGAAGUGUUGGGAGGGAGCUCGUGUACCGAGAUUGGCAUGCAUGCUUCGUCCCCUAUCCCUGACCUAUGAAGAACCUUUUGCUGAAAAUCUCUGUUCUCUCUACUGAAACCUUCUGUUCUCUCUAUAUGUUCUGUGAAGUUGGGGAUAGGUGCCCGCAGGUGAUCCGGUGGGCGGUAGCAUGUGUAGUCUAUGAGGUAGACAGAGGAGGUGCUGUUGCUUCUGAAGGCAAGAUAUAGAAAUCCCAGCAACAAAAGAGCUGCCCCAGCUUCAAUGAAGUGGAUGAGGAUGAUGGAAGAAGCUUCUGCUGUUUCUGUGAUGGUGGUAACAGGAUCAAUAAGAGACCAAUCGCUGAACAGUAAUAACAUUAUGGUUCCCAUUGCUGGAAAAUUUUGAUGGGUUCUCUGUCAGGUUCUGUUCAAGUUGGAUUUCAUUUUAUAACUGAAUUUCUGCCACGGGAAAAAUACGAUAAGCGUGACUGAAAGGAAGAAGGAAGUUGCAGAAUGCAAUUGUCUUGGUUUCUGUACAUCCCAUAUUUGCGCAUGAGUUUUGAGCUGAUUUUCGAGUUCGAUGCGUGUACUACUGAACUGGAAAUGUGUGGAGUUCACUGCAAGAAGAGAGAGCUGGGAAGCUCAAACCUUGAAUUCAGCACAUUUUCCAUCUUCAUUCUCAUCUCAAAAUGCAGAACAAUAUGGUUUUAGUUUAUUAAUAGGUCAUUUUUAGAUGAAUUUUCGAAUAGAGCAUUUAGGAUAC